CCAGUGGCACAAUGACUGCUCUCCCAGCCCUGGAAACUCCACCAAGUGCCAUUGGCACAAUGACUGUUCCCCCAGCCCUGGAAACUCCAUCAAUUGCCACUGCCUCAGUUACUGUUCCACCAGCCUUGGAGACUCCACCAACUGCCUGUGCCACAAUGGCCGUUCCACCCACAACCAUAGUUUACACAGGAAAGGUUCGUUUGCGUGCAGUGGUCAGAAUGAGGUGCCCAAUUUGCAAUGUUCAAAUUAAUAAGUGGAACUUGAAAAAACAUAUUGACCGCAAACACACAGAGCAAAAAACACUAGACAUCAAUGCUAGAUGCCAUCUUACCAGUCAAUGCAUUGAUGGGGAAAAUGGCAUUUUUGCUGUUAUGAAGACAUUUAAAGGGCAUAGCAUACCACUUCAUGUACAGUGUAAAACAUGGGGGGAAAUUCACACUGUGCUAUGUGAAUCCAAUGAAUGCCAGAUCAAUAUGGAAGUAGCACAAAGGAGUGGUCUUGUAUCUUAUCACUGCAAACACAUCAGGUCAGUUAGCUACUGUACUUCCUCGGCCAAGACCAUUUUGCUGUCUGAGAAAGUAUUGUCGGAGAUGGUGAGCGCAAAGUGGUUUAGUGAAGAAAAGAAGAAGACCUGCCUUGCUCGACAGCAGCUUGCGAACACCAACAGGGUUCCACUGUCAGUUAUCACGACAAUUGGAAUACCACAAACAAAAAAAUGCAUUUCUGUCUAUGAACCAUCUAUGUCCUAUUACAGCCGCUUGGGACGUGUCAUUGUUGUUUAUGAUGCAAAGUUAAACACCUGGCACUGUCCAUGUGCCAGAUUAAGGCGAUCUUGA